AUGGCUUGGAGUGUGAUAGAGUUUAGAGAUUCAAUGCCUCCCAAUGAGCUGAGGAAUGCUCUCGUGGCAAUCCAAUGGGCCAAUGAUUACUUGUUUAAGAUUGUGUCUCAGCCUAACCGGAUUUUUGUGCAGCGUCUGGCCGUGGUCGUGGUCGUGCUCGACUCUGCUCGCACCGAUGGCCGUGGACGUUGUGCUUUCCGCAAUAGACCCCACUGGGAUUUACGGCGAGGAAGUCGGCCGGAAACGUUCAAGAAGGCAACCAAGUUCUACUACGGCGUCAACUUCGAGAUCACAGUCCACAACGUCGCCGCCCUCCGUUGUGCGACGGAGUAUUUGGAAAUGACCAACAAGUACUGCAACAACAACCUCACUGACCGCACUGAAGAUUUCUUAUCUCAAGUCGCUCUCAUGAGCCUCUCCGGCGCCAUUGUCGUGCUCAAGUCUUGCGAAGAUCUCCUUCCCAUGGCGGAGGACCUCAAAAUCGUAUAG